GUACAGCGUCUGUUGUACCGUUAGGUAACCACCGGCAACACAUGUUGAAUUUUGCUUUCCCCAAUCACAGAAGGAGAUACUGCAGCAUGAGCCAAUCAGGCGUCGUCUUUUUCCCGCGUAACCGUCCUCUGGACGAAGUCGAGAUUUAUCAUCCACACGCAAAGCGUAGCAUGCUAAUGACAAGGUCUCAGGUCUUUGUACUUUUUAGUUGUAUCUUUUUGGUGUUUUGUGAUGAUUAUUUUUAGAAGGAAAAAUGAAAACUCGAGAAUCACCGCCGCCUGUUCACGUGCACGUAGCAGAGAGCACACCCGUACACGUUCAUUUGAGGAAGAGUCCCAGCAGAAACCCGCAGCUUUACCAGAAAAAGACAGAUGACACUCCACUAAAGGGAGACGGAGGAAAAGCUAAGGCCAGGAAACCGUGGAUUCCUCCAGGAAGACUGUCCAGACGAAAGACUGCGUGCUCAGAGAACUGGCAGGACAGCAGACGGCAGCAUCACUUUGACAGUGGCAUUGGCCCCCAGAAUGAGACAGAUGAGCAGGAUGAAGAGCUGGGUGCAGUCUCCAAAACCCUCAGUGUUCUCCUCAGAGGAGAGGAAAGCAGUCGUUUGAAAAGAACAGAGUCUGGACCUCAACCCAGAGAGACGGACGUUCUCCUGAGAGCACUCGUGGAGGCAGAGAUCGACGGCGUGGCAGUAGCCAAUCAGCUGACAGCACUGCAGGAAUCCAUCAGCAGUCUCACAAAGGACAGACGGAUACCGAAGUUGCAUGCAGCUCCUUUUGCACGGCAGCGAGAGUUGCUGUUGGAGAAGAUAGAGAUGUUUGACAACACAAACCGCAGCCUUCGAGAGCUCCUUCGAGAGUGGCGUGAACAAGAGAGAGAUUCACUGGUGUGGACGGAGGAGAGAGAGGCCUUAAAGAAGAGAUUAUCCAGCAGCCAAGCAGAGAAUGUGAGACUUUUAGCCAAACUCGCCAACAAAGAGAGAGAAGCUUCCACGCUUGCAGAACAUUUGGAUUUCGAAAAGGACAACGUGAAGACGACAGAGGAGCUUUCAAAAGUUCUGGAGUCCACCCGUAACCAUCUGGAAUCUCAGCUGAGCAGAAAAGAAGCUGAGAAAGUUCAUCUGGCUGCUCAGGUUCAGAAGCUGCAGCAGAUUCAUGACGAGCAGCUGGAGGAGAUCCGCGCUCUGCGGGAGCGGCAGCGCAGGUCGGAGCAGCAACAGGAGCGGCGAGACCAGGAGGAGCUGAUCCGGCUGGCUCAGCAGGCGGAGCUGGCUGAGGAGUCCGUCAGGCAGCUCAGUGCAAAACUUCAGGAAAAGGACUCUCAGUUAGCACAGGCUGUCUCCUCAUCCGGCGACUGGUGCAUUCGUCAUUGUAAAGUGGCAGCUGAAAACAAACAGCUGCAGGAAGAUGUGUCUGCUCUAAAAAUUCAGGUGACUGAGCUGAACUCACAGCUUCACUCGGCAGAUGACAACGUUCGAACUGAGAGAGAGGAGCUGCAUCAUCUCAGCGCUGAAAAUGCCUCUGUCAAACUGGACAACCAGAAACUAAAGGCUCAGCUGAUGUCAUCUGAGGAGAUGCUCAGAGAUCUGCAGUCAGAAGCACGUCGGCUGAAAACAUCACUUAAAAAACAUGAGAGCCUGGUGGAUAAAUACAAGGCGAAGCUCCAGCAGGCUCGUCUGGAAUCGGAGGAGUAUUGCUUGAAGCUGGACUUGGUGCAGAAGGAAGCACGGGACGUGAAGCUCAGCCUGCAGGGGGAGCUGGACCAGGUCAGGGGGGAACUGCUGGCUCGGCUCAGGGAGUUGGAGCUUCUGCCUGACAAGCUGAGGAGGACUGAGCUGCAGCUCCGAGAUGCACAGGAGAAGGCCGAUGCUUACGAGAGGAGGAACCUUGACCAUAACUCUGUCCUCGGUGAACUCAGACACAAGGUGGAGCAGCAGGGAACUCAGCUGGAGGUGUUUCAGCAGAAGAACCUGCUGCUGCACGAGGACAACAGCCUGCUCAAAGAAAAGCUUCAGAACAUGGAGAGGAAGCUGGAACAGCUGAAGGUUGAGAACCAAGACAUGCGUCAGGUGAUGGCCACAAAGGAAGCUUCUGUCCACAGCAUCCAGCAGCAGCUGGCAGAGAAGGGUUACGAGUGCAGCGUCCUAACCAGGAAGCUACAGCAGACCGUGGAUGACGCAAAGAGACAGGCGGAUGACAGCAUGGCCAGACUGUUGUCCAAAGAGAGAGUGUCUCAGUCCAAAGCCUCAGACCUGCAGACCCAGCUGAGCCGAGCCAAAGUGGAACUGAGUCAGCUGCAGCGCAGCAAAGAUGAGAUGGAGCGCUGCUUCCAGACUCAGCUGCAGAACCUGAAGGACAGUCUGGAGAAGUCUCACUCCACAAACCGCAGUCUGCAGCACUACGUCAGCCUGCUCAAGACCUCCUAUGGAAACGUGUUUGGUGACUCUUUGCCGCCAAGCUAACAACACCAUGCUUCACACAAAGUACCGUAACAGACGAGACCAGGAUCUGCUUUGGAGUUCCACGCAAAGUACCGUAACAAACGGGAUCGGGAUCUGCUUCAGAGUUCCCCACAUACCAUAAGGGACGGGAUCAGGAUCUGCUUCAGAGCUGUUUACAGCUGAAAACAUUUGAUUUUGAAUAUGUAAAUGCAUUUCACUAAUUCUGUGCCUUAACCAGAUCCAGGAGAAAAGUUAAUAGUUGUCCAUGGCCCAAACUCCAGCCCUCCACCAAGUUCCACAAAAAUCGAUGGAGUAGUUUUUGUGCUGGCAGCAGGUAGAAGGUCUUGGGUUCACUUCCAACCUUCCACCUCCAGUGAACAUCACUUUGAGCAGAUGGAAUCAGUUAAUCAGUGAAACCACCUGCUGGAGUCAGUGAUUGCAAAGAAAACCUGCCCCCUCUUGGCCCUUUGUAGAAUGUCUUUGGACAUCAUUGCACUAACUCCUUCCGGUAGCUCAGGACAGGUCCUUAAAUCCUUGCUGGUAGGUGGCCUUGGCCCUACUUUUGCCUCAUCAGGUGCUUCUGUCCAGAAUGCGAGUAGUGCUUCUCUGACAGACUGGAAAUGUGUGUCUGCUGUUGAGCCUGAUGUUGUUCAGGCACUGGGGGAGUCCAAAUAGUUUUCUAACGUAUGAGUGUCAUAUGGGGUUAAGCCCCUUUCACACCAGGCCUAGAGUUGUGUAAUGCGGCGUACUGACUAUGCUGAGCUUAAGCAGCUGUAUGCUGAGUUUAUGCUGCCCUACGUGGCAGUACGCUGAGGGACACAAAGGGGUACGUGAGACUGAUG